AUGUCCUCAGACUCUAUUGCCUGGAUUGGAUCCUUGCAGUCGUUCCUUCUCAUGUUGUUCGGAGUCGUGACUGGUCCCCUAUUCGAUGCAGGCUAUUUCCGUGGCCUUGUCACCUUUGGGACCUUUGGGCUGCCAUUUGGCCUUAUGAUGACUAGUCUAUCCUCCAGGUUCUGGCACCUAAUCCUCGCACAAGGAAUCGUUAUCGGAUUAUCAGCCGGCUGCCUAUUUGUCCCCUCCGUCGCCAUCCUACCUCAGUACUUCCAAAAGAAGAGAGGGUUGGCCAAUGGACUGGCUGCUUCGGGAAGCAGCAUUGGUGGCGUGAUCUACCCUAUAAUGUUCAAUAAACUACAGGAGAGGGUUGGGUUCGAAUGGGCUACGCGUGCAAUAGGGUUCCUUUGUUUCGGAACCUGCUGUAUCUCAUGUUGUCUCAUGAGAAUGCGCUUCCAGCCUAAGGAGAAACGUAAAUUGUUUCAGCUUUCAGCGUACAAAGAACCGCAAUUUGUCAUGUUUUCCCUCGCUAUGUUCAUGGGCUUUUUGGGUUUCUACAACUUCUUAUUCUACGUUCAGUCCUACGCCAUCGAGACAGGGAUUGUCGAUUCCAACCUGGGUUUUUAUCUUCUUGCAAUGUUGAACGCCGGGUCCACCUUUGGACGAGUCUUACCCAACUUCGUUGCCGACCAUGCCGGCCCUUUGAACGUCCUCACCCCUGCCGCCACCGCCACCGCUAUUCUUGCCUUUGCUUGGAUUGGUGUGCACAACGUCCCUGGUAUCAUUGUCUUGGCCAUUCUAUAUGGUCUCACUUCCGGUGGUUUCGUUUCGCUACCACCGGUGGUUAUGGCUAGCAUGACCAAGGACAUCCGCAACUUGGGAACACGCUUGGGUAUGGUUUUCUCAACCACUUCGUUCGGACUGUUAAUCGGAACACCAAUUGGCGGUGCCAUUCUGGACAGCACUCAUAAGUAUCUUGGUGUCCAGCUUUUUACCGCCUGCUGUCUCAUCACAGCUUCUUCAAUUUUUGCCGCGCUGAGACUGUCACGCACUGGCUUCCAUCUUGCUGUUAAAGCCUAA